GAGCGCUCACCACCAUUUUUAACUUUCUUCGUUCGCUGCAGCGAACUCGUUCGGGAAAACCAAACCGCUUCGCAGCAUUCAUCAUGCCAGGCUUGAGGACGCAAGAGCAUACGAAAUUGGGAGGCUACGACUUCUACCGCGAGGUCUUGGGCAGCCCGAAGUAUGUGGUCGCACCUAUGGUCGACCAGAGCGAAUUGGCGUGGAGGAAGCUCUCUAGGAAAUACGGGGCACAACUCGUCUAUACACCGAUGAUCAACGCCAAGAUGUAUGCCGAUGGGUCGCAUAAGAAUUAUCGCCAACAGGUUUUCAACACCGCCUUCGGAGAGGAGGGCGGGCCUGAGGACCGGCCACUCAUCGUUCAAUUCUGCGCAAAUCACGCGGAGAAACUUCUGGCAUCAGCCAAGAUGCUGGAGCCGUAUUGUGAUGCGAUCGAUAUCAAUCUGGGAUGCCCUCAGGACAUUGCGAAGAAGGGGCAUUACGGGUCCUUCUUGCAGGACGAGUGGGAUCUGAUCUACGAACUGAUCAAUACAUUGCAUUGCAACCUAUCAAUACCUGUGACAGCGAAGUUUAGGGUGUUUUCGACGGUGGAGAAGACGGUAGAAUACGCGAAGAUGCUAGAGCGGGCCGGAGCGCAGAUUCUAACAUGCCAUGGUCGAACGCGCGAGCAGCGGGGGCACCGAAGUGGUCUUGCCGACUGGGAGAAGAUCCGUGCGGUCAAGGCGGCCGUUUCGGUGCCAGUGUUCGCGAACGGGAACAUUCUCUUCCAUUCCGACAUUGAGCACUGUCUUGCUGCCACUGGCGCGGAUGCUAUCAUGUCUGCGGAGGGCAACCUCUAUAAUCCCGCCCUGUUUGCUCCUUCUUCCCUACCACGACCACCAAUAGCCUCCAGCUCCUCCCUUGGCUCUUCUGACUUACAGUCCGUACCUAUAUCAGCGACGGCCUCGGCAGCCCUCCCGACAUCUUGCCUUACAGGCGACCACCCGCGACAUACAACCCUUGCACUCGAGUAUCUUGCGAUCGUCAAGGCGCAGCGCACGCCGACCUCUCCGAGCGCGGUCAAAGGGCACCUGUUCAAGCUCCUGCGGCCAGCACUUGGGCGGGAAAAGGACUUGAGGGAGCAGCUCGGACGCGUGCGAACGGAUAAGAACGAGGAUGGUGCGAUGUGGGAGAAGUAUGAGGAGAUAGUGAAGGACCUUGCGGAGAGGAUGGAGCGAGAUGAGAAGGCGGUUGAAGGACGGGAACUCGAGUCCCUUCUGACGAUUGAUAGCGGGACGGGCUUGCCACUAUUACCACACUGGCUUGCACAGCCGUACUUCCGACCAUUGCCUCCAGUCCCUGCUGAAGAUGAGCAGACGAAAGGCAAAAGCAAGAUUAGUAAUAAGGCUCAGCCUGUCAACGUUGAAAAUGCUCUAGUCUCGAAGAAACUAUUGUCUGUGGCAGAUGCUGCACAUAUACCCUCUUUGGGGAACGAAGCUAGCUCGCAAAGCACUCCGGUGGUGGUUGUGGGCGAGAAGCGUUCCCCACCUGAGCUUGAAGGAGUAGAAGAGAACAAGCGAGCAAGGCUGGAAGAUGACGUCGGCGCGAGAGAAGUCAUCAGUGUCGCUUAGCUCUACGACGACGGCAAUCAUUGCAUUUAAUUUACGAACUCAUUGAUUCUUGAUCGUCGACGAUUGCUAUAUUACACAGAGAUU